CCCACACUGGACACCACAAAUGUACUCGCCUGUCGCUAACGAGGCUAACGAGCUGCUACUGAGGAACAUGUAUACACACACGGUGUGAAUGAAAGCGUGAACAGGAGACUUGAGGAAUGGAGUGUCGAGAUAUUAAGGACCAGUGUCCUUUGGUCCAGGCAAUUUUCAGCCGAAGUACUGAAGAAGUGACAUUUUUGUUAAGCCAUAAAGAAGAUGUCAAUUCAUUGGACCAUGAACAAAGCACACCACUUCAUGCUGCUGCCUACCUUGGUGACAUUCAUAUUAUGGAACUACUUAUCACUGCAGGUGCCAAUGUCAACGCUAAGGACCAUGGUUUGCUGACUCCUUUACAUCGAGCAGCUGCCUCCAGAAAUGAAAGGGCUGUAGAGCUGCUCCUAAGGCACGGUGCAGAGAUCAACACACGGGACAAAUUCUGGCACACACCACUACACAUGGCUGCGGCAAACUGGGCUACAGGCUGUGCCAAAUCGCUGAUACCGCUUGUGUGCAGCCUGGAUGUUUAUGACCGCUCAGGAAGAACACCUUUGCAUCACGCAGCACACGGUGGACAUGGAGAGAUGGUGAACUUGCUUCUGAGGAAAGGUGCCAACACGAGCGGCAAAGACAAAAAGGGAAGGCAGCCUAUCCACUGGGCUGCAUAUCUUGGACAUUUGGAUGUCGUGAAGAUGCUGGUAUCUCAAAGUGCCGAUGUGACAUGCAAAGACAAACGUGGCUACACACCGCUCCAUGCUGCAGCAAUCAGUGGACAUUUAGAUGUGGUCAAAUAUCUACUGGUACUAGGAGUGGAGACUGAUGAACCAAACACAUUUGGAAACACAGCGCUCCAUAUGGCCUGCCAGACGGGCCAGGACACUGUGGCUUCUGAGCUGGUCAACUGUGGCGCUAACAUCAACCAGCCCAACCACCAUGGCAACACUCCACUGCACCUGGCCGCCGCCUCGUCCAGCGGUGUGCUGUGUGUUGAGCUCCUCAUUAACAAUGGGGCUGAUGUCAACAUGCAGAGUAAAGAAGGGAAGAUCCCUUUGCAUAUGGCUGCUAUGCAUGGCCGCUUCACAGGCUCCCAGAUUCUUAUCCAAAAUGGUGGUGAAAUUGACUGUGUUGACAUAUAUGGCAACACUCCUCUCCAUGUUGCUGCCCGAUAUGGUCAGGAGUUGUUGCUCAGCACUCUGCUGACAAAUGGUGCUGACAAAGCUAGACAGGGGAUUCAUGGGAUGCUUCCAUUACACCUGGCAGCGCUGUAUGGCUUUUCAGACUGCUGUCGCAAGUUGCUCACGAAUGGGCAGUAUUAUAACAUUGUGUGUUCGCCAACAAGCUGCCAGAUACCAUUGUUUGGUUUUGAUAUAAACACACAGGAUGACCUUGGGAGGACCUGUCUGCAUGCAGCUGCAUUUGGAGGAAAUAUUGACUGUCUUAACAUGUUGAUAAAUAAUGGAGCUGACCUUGAUGUAAAGGAUCAUUUGGGAAGAUCUCCUUUGCACUACGCUGCGGCCAACGGUAACAGCCAGUGCACGGUCACACUGGUGAGAGGUGGCUCAGAGAUCAACGAGUUAGACCUGAUGGGCUGCAGCCCUCUACACUAUGCUGCUGCUUCGCACACUUUCUUCGGAGUGGAGACAAGGUCCGACUGCAGUGUGGAAAAGGAACAAGAAACCUCGCUGUGUUUGGAAUAUUUGCUGGAUAGUGGAGGAAACCCAACUGUAAAGAACUCUAAAGGUUACAGUGCUGUCCACUAUGCAGCAGCUUACGGCAACAAACAGCAUCUGGAAAUGCUCUUGGAGAUCUCUUUCAACUGUCUAGAAGAGGCUGAAAGUAAUAUUCCUGUUAGCCCACUGCACUUAGCUGCGUAUUAUGGUCACUGCGAGGCCCUGCGCCUGCUGUGUGAGACGUUAGUGAGUCUGGAUGUGCGAGACAUUGAGGGGCAAACUGCUCUACACCUCGCUGCUCAGAGGGGCUUUACCACGUGUGUCAAGGUGCUACUGGAACAUCGUGCUUCCUGCAUAUUGAAGGACCAUAAGCAUAAGAGGACUGCUCUCCAUGCUGCAGCUGCAGUGGGCCACGUGGACUGUCUGCUUUUGUUGGUGAAUAAUGAACACAGUGCUUAUAUUAUUGACAGCCAAGACACACAAGGACAAACUGCUCUCAUGCUGGCAGCUCUUGGUUGUCACACUGAUUGUGUCCACAUCCUGUUGGAGAAAGGAGCAAAUCCGGAUGCCGGAGACAAUAAGGGCUUCACUGCAUUACAUCGAGCUACUAUGCUGGGCAGCAAUGACAGUGUGUCAGCUUUAUUGGAACAUGGUGCUUCUGCUCUGUGUCGAGACUCUCAGGGAAGGAUGGCGCUGCAUCUUGCUGCGUCCUGCGGCCACACACAGCUACUGCACACUUUACUACAAGCUGCAGUGAAAGCAGACCCUCUGGACUCCAUGUUGGAUUACAGAGGCUACACGCCCACUCACUGGGCUGCCUACCAUGGUCAUGAAGGAUGCUUACGUAUUUUACUUGAAAACAAGCUUUUUGGCAACCAGGAAGGAAAUUCCUUCAACCCAUUGCACUGUGCUUUAAUUAAAGGACAUGAUGUUGCUGCUGGACUUCUUGUAAAAACAGUUGGUCCUCAAAUAGUUAAAAUUAGUGAUGCCAAAGGAAGGACCCCGCUGCAUGCGGCUGCCUACUCUGGAAAUGUUUUAGGGCUCCAGCUGCUCCUAUCCCAGGGGGCAGAGCUCAAUGCUGCCGACUAUAGUGGGUGCUCCGCUCUGAUGAUUGCUGCUGAUUGUGGCCAUACCAUGGCUGUUGAAUUCUUGCUGCACAAGGCGAAGCCAGACCUGACCCUGGUGGAUAUCAAUAAUAACACAGCCCUUCACUUAGCGUGCAUUAAGGGUCACGAGAUGUGCGCCCUGUUGCUUCUUGGAGAAAUCAGUGACCACUCCCUCAUAAAUGCAACAAAUUGUGCACUCCAAAUGCCCCUUCACAUCGCGGCAAGGAAAGGUCUGGCGACUGUCGUGCAGGUGUUACUCAGCAGAGGAGCAGCGGUCAUGGCUGUUGAUGGCGAAGGCCACACCCCAGCUUUGGCCUGUGCCCCCAAUAAGAAAGUGGCUGACUGCCUGGCCCUGAUCCUCUCCACCAUGAAACCUUUUCCUCUACGAGAGUCCAACACCAGCACGGCCUCCUGCUUCAACCCGUCCCUGAAUAACUGUGGCAUCGCUGCCACUUGCGGGUCCAGUGGAACCUUGCGUCACUCCUAUGUCAAGGGCUGUUCAAGCUCCAUCGGCAUGCACCAGUGUCUCACUGAGUGAACGUUUGUACUAUUGCUUCCUCUGAUGUAUCAUGGCAUCCAGUCUAUACUUCAGAAACAUUGACUAACGGUGUCUCUAAAGUCUUACACAUACAGUGGAACCACUAUUUAACAGACUAAGGGGAGGGGGGCGGGGGCGGUCGUCAGUUAAAGCAGAUUGUCCAUCAAAUUGAAGCACUUUAUUGCAUGACCUAAAAAAAACACUGUCCAGUACAAAAUUUUGUACUUUUUUGUGGCCUAAAAACAUCCAGUACUGUACCAAAAACUGAAAACAAAUGUUUGAUAAGUUUUUGAUUUUAUCCAAACUUCGCUAGUGCUUGGGAGGGGUAAUAAUAGCAUGCUGGUAGAAAGUUGUAGUGGCAAGUAGAGCGUCGCUGUCAUGAGCCGAGAGGUUAUUGCGCUUACUUUUUUCACCUGUGUUAGGACAACAAAAACAACUGUAUACUGUACUAAAGUCGGUAUAGGAUGUUCGCGAGACAUGUAUACGUACUAAAGAAUGAGUGCUCGCUCCAGUAAACAACAACAAUAGAUGUGAAUAGAUAAAUACGACGUGCCCCUUUUGAGCUGCAUGCCUAUAGCAAUGGCAACGCUGAGCUAAUGUCCAUGCAUUGCCUUUGACGGGAAUGUUGCCCCUCCCAACAUGGUCACCACGUAGGCAUUUCUGUUGGCCGGCCUUAGUCUUCAUAUCUGUGACGACCCAGAAAGAUGGGUAUCAGUCUCUGCCUCUUGAUUGCGCCACAGCGCUAGUAAACAACAGCAGCCAAUUCUGGAGCUCUCAGCCUUUUUCAACUACUGUACGAGGGGGCGUAUUGAGUUCAGACUAGACACUAUUUUCUGUACGUUAAAUCCGAAGUCCGUUAAAUUGGGGUGUGUUUAAUUCAGGUUUCACUGUACUAAUAUUAAACCUCAGCACAUACUAUAUGUUUAAGUUAAAUGAAGUACUAACCAUGAAAUAGAAGUAGAACACACCGCACAACCCGUCCUCUUGAACCAUGGUUGCUGAUCUUUUCAUUUUUAUAUACCUCGUCACGUAGUCUAAAACCCUAUUUCUGUCUUCUGCUGCUAUAAACCAAAAUGCUUGAUUGUGGUUAGAUCUGAUGUUUGUGUAUGCGUUCUAAGUAUUUUUUAUUAUUUUUUAAAUAUGUAAUGGUGAGUUGAGUCCUUUUAUGCAAUUAAGGUGUAGCAGACACUACAUAGCCUAAGUAACGUGCGUAUUAGUCUAUCUGUAUAGCUAUAUUUCAGCAUGAGUAUUUUUUUUGAAUGAAGGUGUAAGCUCAUGUACAAGUAUGCUGUGGUGCAAUCUAAAGCACAUUUUGCGCAGGGCAUAGGAGUGUGUCUAUAUAGUAUUACAAUAAGCAAGAGAAUAGAACAAAUUAAGUCACAGAGAAAAUGUUUAUUAUUAAAUGUACAUUUCUAUGCACAAGGACCUUACGAACAAUUUCACUCUGAGACAUCUACAACAGAAAAUAUAUCAAAUAUGCUCUGUUGAUGAACAUAAUUUACUUUGAGGAAUGCAUUUGUGUGUUCUCAACAUAUUAUUAUUGAAAAAAGUUUAAGAACUAUCUCAUAUCUAGCACAAGUGACACCAGAGGCUGAAACUCAAAAAGUUUAAUUUCCUUAUUCCCAGGUGACUAUAAACUGUAAAGAUUUGCUGACAUUCAGUAAAAAAAAUUAUAUUUUGCAUUUAAAUGUGCACAUAAUACCCACACAAGCAGGAAAAGUCACUUCAAAAUUACAUUCAACUUUAAUAUGAAUUGGGUUGUUUACUCAAGACUUUUUAUUUUUCUAAUGUAAUACCUUGCCGAUUAUCUUAAAAUGGCUUUAAUGUAUUUGCACUCCAACAUGGAUGUUUACAUUUUACUGCAAAUAUGAUUUACAUUUUUUUUUUAAAAUUCAGACUAAAUCCUAUGCAGUUUGUCACUGAUUUAAUUGGACUUCAAGCAAGACUGUAAAAAAAAAAAAAAAAAAAAAAAACUAGCUAUUCAUGUGAAUAACUGUCUUCCUUACAAACAGGUGUUUGACAUUUCAGGGUCUAUCAACUUACGUAAUGUGGAUUUAUCUCAGAAAAAUAAAAAGACUAGUUUGCGAUGACUGAUUUCCA